AUGAGAGCUUCUUGGGAAGAUGUUAGAAGUAAUUCUGGCUGGCUCAUUGGCAAUGGGAAAAAUAUUAAUUUCUGGUCCGACAGUUGGAACGGUUCCAAUGUGCUUGACACUCUUAACGCAACCGAAGGUUCCCAUCCUUUCGCAAAAGACAAAGCUGCAACAUACAUUCAGAAUCGCCAGUGGCAGCUCCCUAAUGCAAUCCAAAUAAUGUUUCCAACCCUUGCUAACUUACUGUCUAAUGUUCAUCUAUCCAUGUUAGAAAAAGACGACCUCUUUAUUUGGACUCCAGCAGCUGACGGCAUUCUAACCUUGAAAGCAGCUUAUGACUUUAAGUCUUGCAAUUACAACGAUUUCGAUUGGGGGAAGCUUAUCUGGAAUGCCCACAUUCCAGCCUCGCAAUCUUUGGUUUUCUGGAGGUUGCUUCAUAAUAAAGUUCCGACGGACGAUAAUUUGAUUAUUCGAGGAAUUCAGAUACCUUCAAUUUCCAGGAUCUGGAAAUUUUUAUCUUCGAUAAUGUCGCAUAAUUUUUCCUCUGUUACGGAUGUUUGGACUGCUUACAAAAAGCUUAAUUCUGAUCAGAGUAAGUUGGUUCUUCUGGAUGCAAGUAUUAGCAUAGUUAAUACGAUUUGGAAAGCUCGUAAUCUGAGCCGGUUUGAAGAUAAAAACAUCACUUGGACAUCCGUUUUGAACUUGGUCAAGGUUGAGGUUGCGUUCACGGGCAAUACUACUCCGAAAAUCGGUUCAAACUCAGUCUUGGAUUUUCAGCUGCUUAAGAGUUUUAACAUUAAGCUUAAUCCUCCCAAAGCUUUUAUAGUUAAGGAAUUCUUGUGGCAUCCUCCUGUUCUUCACUAG